AUGACGUCACGGCGCAACGCAUCACGACUGGCGCCAGCUCUGAAUGUCGGGAGGUGUUGUCGAUACAAGAAGCAAGAAAGACUUCUGCGUUUCGCCUGAUUUUGAGCUGUUCAUAGCAGGAUGGUGCAAGAGUUUCAUGUUUUGAGGUGUUUUUCCUGUCAGACAUUUCAAGUACAGCAGGUCAAAAAGAGCAAAAAAUGGAUCUGCAAGGUGUGUGGGGAAAAACAGUCACUUAUAAAGGAGUAUGGCAGAGGAACAGCCGCGGACUGCCGACGCCACGUACAGAAGCUGAAUUCAUUGCGUGGAGAGCUGCUUGAGGUAGACAACGAAAAAGCCUGGACUCAGUGGGAGAAGGAGGAGGAGUGUGAGGUUGAAGUCGGCCCUGUAGAUGACACCCAAGGUUGUGAACAAAAGGGCCAGGUUGAAAGCCGCUGGAGUAAAUACGUUGCCCAGAAAGAGAAUGAGCCAGGAUGCGAUGAAGAUGAGCCCGAAGAGGAAGAGAGCAUUUACACCGACAGAGAGUGGUACUGCACUCAGCGUAAUAACAUCAGCAGGAAAAGGAAGAAAAGCUUUACAUCAGGGGGUGCAUGCAGACGCUACACUGUUGGUGGUGAUGAGAACUUGGACACUGCUCAUUGGGGAGCUACGGGACGGCCACCACAGUCCCGUCGUCACAAUGCCACUUUCACUUCACCGCCUCAAGUACCAUGCGCUUCAUCUGGAUUCCCUCGCACCAGUACAAACCAGAUAACUGAUGCCCUUACUGACUCUCCAGCUGCAACACUGGGCUCAAAACACAUUAGUGCAUAUGAUGCUACAUGUUCCUGGUCCACUGGAGCAAAUAAGUCUUCUGCCGAGUUAAGCACCAAGCCUCAGCCCUCCGGUCCCUUAAGCGGUUGCUUCACAUCAUCAUUCUCUUCUAAACAUCCUAAUAAAUCUAAACCGGACAUCAAGAACUCCAAGUGGGCUCAAUUUCUUCCACCUGUCUGUGUUGGGGAAAUCAAGGAUGAAGGAGACAGUGGUGAGGAACCUCAGGAUGAAGAUGUAGACCAUUCAGCAUUAGCCCAGAGUCUAAUGAAAGCAGUUCCACUUAAGAAAACAGGCAGUACGAGCAGUGGAAAAGCUCUACUUGAAAAGGUUAAAGCUGCAGACACAGUACAGGAUCAGUUUCAUCAAAUUGUUCUAUUGUUGUUAUAUUCUUGUUCACCUGACUAAACUGCUCAGCUCAGGACCAGAUUUUGAAGGUGUAAUCGAGAGUGAGCACUCCAGCUUUAAAUAAUAUUUUCACUGUCAUUAUUAUAGUGUAAAUAAAUAGAUGUAUCUCAUAUGGUAAAGCAAAUGACAUUAGGAAAACUUUUCCAAAAGUGAAUCUGACUUCUAGAAUAAAUCAGCAGCAACAACA